AUGUCUAUCUUCAUGUUCUUCGUCUCAACGCUUUACUGGAUCUCCAAACUACUUGAUCUCCUCAUGCAUAUUCAGAGUGAUAUCAUUGACAACAAACCUCCAUCCACCUCGAUUUCAAUAUCACCCCUCACUCAUUUCGAGCUUAUUUUAGGAUCCGUUGUUCUGAUUAAUUACGCGCUCACGGAUGGCGUCGUGCUCUGGAGGGCCUGGGCCCUAUGUAGCGACGACUACCGAAAAUGGCUCUAUGUUCCCCUGUUUUUCCUAUGCUGCGCCUGCACCACGAUAUCUGCCACAAUCGUCGUUAGGAUCACUAUUCAAUCCAUACCACAUGCGGAUGGAACUACCUCCGAUCCUCGAAUCAAGAAAUUGACACGGGCCAUCGAUGUUUUUCAAACCUCAAAUCUCGGAUUCUCUUUGCUCAUGAAUCUAUCAGCGACCGGGUUAGUAGCAUUGAAGGCCUGGCGGUUCCGUCGGUGGAUCAAGUUUGAUUUGAAGGCUAUUCGUGGUGGUAAAACAAGAGGCCAAAAAAUUAUGAUACUCCUGGUCGAGUCAGGAGUAUUUUACUGCAUCUCCGUUAUUACAGCUCUAGUCUUUACAUCAAUCAGGCUACCCGUCGGAACUUUAGGUGAUAUCUACACUCCUGUGAACAUCCAGAUCGCGGGGAUAUAUCCACUUGUCGUGUUACUCCUAGUGAACCACGGACAGUCACUGGAACAAACAAUGCUUGGAAGAAACACCAUAACCAAUGCUGGCGGCCCUCCUCCAUCUGUAGUACGGACAUUGGAGAACAAUCCUGGGAUGCUAGAAUCUCUGCAUUUUCGUACUGUACGUCCGAGUAGCGCUUCCCUGGUAGGAACGUUCAGUCGUGUUCACGUUCAAUGA